CAUUAUAAUCUCCCCCACUCUUCCCUAAAACAUUCACUCUUCAUUUUAAUAACAAAAAACUUUUCGAUCGAUCUCAUGCAAGAAGCUAUCCCAUUCAGAACUUACAUACCGGCCACAGCCACCUCCGGCGGCAACCGGAAAUUCCCUCCGAUUGGUAGUGCCACCACUAUUGGUGGAAAUGUACUAGUACCAGCCAAUAGAGAAAAUUAUGUCCAGAAAUUGGUGUUGGAGAAUUCGGUUAUAGUGUUUGGGAAACGUGGGUGUUGCAUGUGCCAUGUCGUGAAGAGGCUCCUGCUAGGGCUUGGUGUGAACCCCACCGUGUUCGAGGUGGAUGAGAAGGAAGAAGCUGCUGUGAUCAAUGAGUUAUCGAAUAUUAACGGUGGUAAAGACGUUGGCGAAGUUGGAGUGCAGUUUCCGGUGGUUUUUGUGGGUGGGAAGUUGUUUGGUGGACUCGAGAGAGUCAUGGCUACUCAUAUCUCUGGUGAGUUGGUGCCUAUUUUGAAAGAUGCUGGAGCUUUGUGGUUGUGAUUGGACUGCUUAAUUUAUUUUUCCUUUUUUACCCUUUUCUCAUAAUUAUCUAAAUCUUCUGUGAUUUCAAUUAACGUUUUGAUGGGUAUGGCUUCUUUCUCUAUAGAAAUUUCAGAGGAAGGAAUAUAUUGGAAUUUUUUUUUUUUUUUUU